UGUGUGGAUUACAGGCAGCUGAACAAGGUUACAAUAAAGAAUAAGUACCCAUUGCCGAGGAUUGAUGAUCUCAUGGAUCAGUUACAAGGAGCUGGAGUUUUCUCCAAGAUUGAUUUGCGAUCCGGUUAUCACCAGAUAAGGGUGAGGGGUGAGGAUAUCCCUAAGACCGCUUUUAGGACUCGUUAUGGUCAUUACGAGUACACUGUAAUGUCUUUUGGGUUGACGAACGCUCCUGCGGUAUUCAUGGAUUACAUGAAUAGAGUCUUCCGUCCGUUUCUGGAUAAAUUUGUUGUUGUCUUCAUUGAUGACAUACUGAUUUAUUCCAAGACUGAAGAAGAGCAUGCGGAACACUUGAGGACCGUGUUGCAGAUUCUAAAGGAGAAGAAACUUUAUGCAAAACUGUCUAAGUGUGUAAUUCUCGGAACAGUCAGCGUCGUCUUCUCCCGUAGUGUUGUCAUCUCUGUCAGCAUCGUCCUCGUCAGCAACAUUGUCUACUCGUCAAUAACAUCGUCUCCUCCAUAUGUGGCAGUCGUCUUCUCCAAUCAGAGGUAUGUGUUGUUAGAUGUAGGGGUGUUCAUGGAUCGGAUUCGAUCUGCAUAUCUGCGGAAGAGAAGCAUGGCUGAUCUCUCAGAAACUCAGCAACAUCCUCGAACCAACUUCGACCUCAUGGCCGCUAACGCCGCCCUCCUAACAAAAAAUCAGCGAAUGGCCGAGCUGUUGGCAGCAAUCUUUGACGAGUUCGCCAAGAUGUUUAUCAACCAUUUUGCAGCAUCCAAAAUUUAUGUGAGAGACUCGGACUACCUCAGCACAAUUAAACAAGGGCAGCACAAAAGCCUAAAAGACUACAUGACACGUUUCACGACGGCGGCCAUGGAGAUCCCUGACCUCAACCUAGAAGUACAAUUGCACGUGAUAAAAAGCGGCCUCAGACCUGGAAAAUUCCAGGAAUCUAUUACUAUGGCAAAACCAAAGACGCCGGAAGAAUUCUGA